UAUGUACGGUACCGUACGGUACCAUUUUGAGAUAUAUUACUUAAGUACCCUUAGUCCCUUACGGUUAUUUAAUAGCUAGGUAAGGUACGGUACCUAAACCUUAUUAAAAUCUAACAAAGAGAAUUAAAAAGUUACAAUUGUGUACCUACCAUUUACAACAAUGAAUAUGCAGCAGCGAGAAGAAAAGCAACUAGAAGCUACAAUAGUUGCGAUUUUAAAUAGAGUAAAUGAUUUAAAAACUGCAAUACAAGCAUUGAUAAAUAAACUAGAAACGGAAUACGAGACAAUAAAUUGGCCAACUUUUCUAGAUAAUUACGCGAUUUUAUCAGGUCACCUGACUGGCCUCAGUAAAAUUCUCCAAGCCGAACAAGCAGCUUCAUUGCGGUCUAGAAUUGUUUUACCACUUCAAUUAAGUUGCGAACGUGAUGAAACACUGGCUCAUUUGACAGAAGGCAGAGUUCCAGCUUGCACUCAUGAUUUAGUUCCAGAUUUACUUCGUACCAAACCUGAACCCCAGGCUGAACAGCGUCUCCAGCAAUUUAAUCAUAAAGCUAGUACUUUAAGCUAUGAUACAGCACAGAAACACAUUGCUCAAUUCACUAAAGUUGUCAGUCACGUUUGGGAAAUUAUAUCCAAAGGCCGCGAAGACUGGGAAGGAGAGUCAAUGAGAUCUACAGGUAUGCAACCAACACACAACAUUGCUGACACGCAUGCUUUAGUAACGGCAGUAGGAACGGGAAAAGGGCUACGACCAGGUAUGGCGAAUAUGGUUGGUCAAGGGGCAGCUGGAAUGGGACCAGCUCGAGGCCCGGCUCCACAACUCGGUCCUGCGCCCUCUACUCUUCCUAAGGCACCUUCAGCUAUCAAAACCAAUAUCAAAGCUGCUAAUCAAAUACAUCCUUACCAAAGAUAAUGUAAAUAAAAAUACUUAAUUUCUUC